AUGGACCCGUUUGGAGAUGUGCUUGGUGAGGCGCAGUCGCAACUGAGCAGGGCGCAACUGCUGCUGCGCCAGUACGAGGACGAUCCGAUCCAGUCGCGACUGGCCGACCUGAACAACACUAUACAAGAACUGACCGAGACCAUCCAUGAUCUAUCGCAAAGUAACGCUGCAGUGCAAGCCGACCCGGAGAGAUUCGGCGUGGACCACCUCGAAGUGAGUCGCCGAAUUGAGCAGGUGGGCAAUAUCAACAACCAGCUAAACGACAUCCAGCACACUCUUUCCGAGGCCCGCAAGGUCCACCCCACGGGUCAAUGGGUGGAGCAUGCCCCCGUUCUGGCGGGUGCUAGUACUGGCGACAACGACGAAGUGCGUCAGCUGAUGUACCAGGAGGCAAUGCGGGAGCAGGACUCAGUAUUGGAUUCGGUACAUGAUACAGUCAACACAUUACGCGAGCAGGCGAAUGUGAUGUCUCGGGAGCUCGAGGACCAGGCGUUCAUGCUCGACGACUUCACCAACGAGGCCGACAGGACCGGCGACCGGCUGCAGCGAGGUAUGAAAAGAGUCGAAUGGGUUCUUGCGAAUAACCGCGAGACGCUAAGCUCGUGCUGCAUUGGACUAUUGAUUGUUGUACUUAUUAUUCUGCUUGUCUUGGUAAUAGCUGCCUGA